AUGCCUGCUGACCGGAGCGGCGAUCCCAAUUUUCCAAUUGGCUUGCGUAUCCAGCCUAGCAGCUCGCAAAGACAUCCCGCUGCGCGUUCCCACGUUGCCUCGACAAGUCACGAUGAAAGGCACGAGUCUCACAGUGACGCGCCGGCAGCGAUCGACGAGGCACAGAUCGCUUCGUGGGAAGAGGACACCGCCGAAGACAUCGAGUCGUUCGGCAUAGCAGGAAGGAUCUGGGAAGCGGCGUAUCUGCUUGCGCGCUAUCUACGUCCCGACGGUCAUCGCUCGGAUCAGAUCCAAUUCGACCCUCCUUGCUCCUUGUUCGACACAUCCAGCUCAAAUCCUUUGACCAUCGUCGAGCUCGGCUCAGGCGCCGGCUAUGGAUCCCUGCACCUCGCACGCCAGCUGCUCCAAUUCGCUCAGGGCGUCGACGGACCGAAGCCUCCGCAGGCCAAGCUGGUUUUGACCGACCUCGAGAACGUUGUGCCCCUGAUGCAACGCAACGUAGCUCGUGCCGGGUAUCAGCAAGCCACAGAUUUCUUGGAUGUGCGCGUACGCAGCUUGGCCUGGGGAGACGAGUCCCAUGCUACCGACCUUGUGGCAUCGUUCGGCAGCGCAAAAGCGAGUCAAAAUCCGAUCUCACACAUCCUCUGUUCAGACCUCGUCUACUUUCCAGAGCUGCUUCCCCCGCUACUCAGGUCUAUCAUCAUGCUCAGCAGUUGCGGCUCUCAGGUGGACUGCAACAGCGCUUCUCCUGCGUUUGGACCCGAGCUCAUCAUCUCGUACAAGAUUCGUUCAUUGACCAAAGAACAGCCUUUCUGGUCUGCCCUCGACUCUUGGUUCGAUUUCCGAGCAGUCGACUGUCGUUCAACACGCGGCCCGGAUCAUAAAAUGCAGAGCGAAGAACAGAUUGCACCGGACAACGAGGCGUCACAUUGGCAUCGUUUUGGGUCUCAGGGCGAGGAUUAUGGCGCUUCUGCUGACUCGGAUCAAGAGCUGUUCGUCUUUGUCGGACAUCGACGCAAGGACACCAUCGGCUGUCUGGCACCGGAGAGCGACACGGAUCUGAUGCAGGGGAAACGAUGCAGGCCUUGUCUGGGACCCGAGGGGGAGACAACCUUGGAGCUCGAGCCAUCGGGUGGUCAAGACUACUUCGAAUGGCUGUUGCUGGCCAACAUGGGUAAGCAAAGGAGGCAGGUGCUGCUCCCACCCAAUUCGGCUUGGCGAGCAGCCAACGACGACGCUCUUCAAAAGAUUUGUGUGGCAGGUCGAGCUGUUCCAAUCGUCGAGCCGUUCGAUCCAGCUCCGGUGAAGUGCGUCUCGUCAUCACCCGAGUCGGAGAGCGCUGAACGGCUUUCGCUUCUUCCAGGUCCUGUCGAGGCGCAAGGCUUCCUGCCGGUGCAGGCGACCAAGCAUACUCCGAGGGAACGACAUGCUCGUCUCGAUUGUUCCGAAGCCAUCCGUCCUCCGCAUCGUUGUAGACAUGUUGAUCGACGGGAGUGCGAUACCGCGGUCGAGGUGUUUGUUGCUUGCGACGUUGCCGGCUUAGAAGAAAGCUGCCGCUUCCGGUCCAAUUGA